AUGCAGUUCCAGCACUUGCAGCACCCGUACUCAUCGCAUCCCUCAUCAGCUGCUGCAUUUGUCGCUAGCCCCAACACACAGCAUUCACCUGCAUAUGGUGCAUCCGUGGCCUCUUUCAUGCCUCACGAAUCGCCUCAGCCCGCUUUCUCCAUGAUGAGCUCGCCCCAACUAGCCCAACUCGAGCACCUCCGCCGGCUGCAAGGACGCCAGGCUCAGUUGGAUGCCAUGCAGCUGCAGGGCAGCGCCUAUCAACUCCAGCUGCAGCUUCUUCAAGAGCAGCAAGCACAACAGCAGCAAGCACAACUACAGGCUCGUUUAGAACAGCAAGCCCGUGUCCAGCAGCAACAGCAACAGCAGCAGCAGCAGCAGCAGCAACAAGCUCUUUUGCAGCAAGAGCAACGGCGACGCGCCCAAUACGAACAGCAACAACUCUUUGAGCAGCUUCAACAGCAACAGUUGCUUCAGCAGCAGCAACAGCAACAACAAGAACAGCAACAGCGCCAGCGUUACCAAGAGCAGCAGCAGCUCCUUCAGCAGCAGCAGCAGCAAGAGCUUCAGCACCGCCAAGCUGAGCAACAACAGCAAGAGCUUCAGCGCCGCCAAGCUGAGAAACAACAGCAACAAGACCAGCAGCAACAGCGCUUGAAACAUCAGCAACGAAUCAAGCUGGAACAGCAGGAACAGCGCCAACGCUUGGAGGAACAAAAGCGUCUCGAAGAACAGCAAUGGCAGCAGGAACAACAACGGCGCGCUCUUCAGCUUGAGCAAGAACAGCGCCGCUCUCUCGCUGACAACGCUUCCCAAACGGCCAGCCCUCCCGAUGCCCCUAUGAUCGCUGCCAAAACACCCGGCACUCAGCCAUCGCCCCGAGCAGCAACGAGCACUGGGCCCGAGCUCGUGGACAUCCUAGACACCCCGCCCUUUGCCCAUGUGGCCCGCGUGGUGGAGCAGUUUCAAGAAUUUCAGGACAAUCUGCUUGUUGGCCCUGGCGGAGGUUCCCAAGUCGAGAUGCGCGUGCCAGUACAGAUUUUGAAUGGCAUCUGCAAGGCAUUUGCCGGAGUUUCGGGCCGCAAGGAUACGCGGGACCUGGACCACCAUGUUCUCACCAAUCUCCUCACCAGUCUGGCGGAAAUUUUGAAACAAGCUAGCAACAUUCGUCUGGUUUUCGUGGAAGAGGUCAUUCAGCCCUUUGUGGCCUUCGUCAAGCAGCAACUUGAACACAACGUCUUUGCCAUGUGCGACGAAGCCGAUCAAACUUUGCCGCCGCCCGCGGCUUGGAUAAAACGCCCUAUCGCUCAUCAAAAUGGCCUUCGCUCGCUGCCUUUCACGAUUAGGAUCGCGGCUGGCAAAAGCAUACAAAUGUUUUCGGCCUUGAUUAUGGAGCUGAUGCAAUCAAUUAUUCCUGGGGCCAUUACGCGCUAUAUCCGCGUGGAUGCCAAAAAGGAGAAUGGACCAGAUCUGCCGAAUGUGAUUUCAAAGGCGUGUGCCGCCACCGACGAUGAAGUGGCUAGCUUUGUAGGCCGCGUCUGGAACAAGGCGACGCGCAAAGAUUCUGAGCUGCAUCAUAUUCUCACCAACUUCGUGUCCGACGCGUGUGAAACGGCCUUUUUGCCCGAGUGGCCCGUGGCCACCGUGUUUCUGAUCAAACUCUUGCCCAACCUGCAGAAAGAUGGUAUCUUCCCCAAGGACAAGGGCGGUGGGGAGCGCCUGCAUAACAUGCGCACCUACGCUCUGGAUCUAUUUAGCACCAUCAUGACCUGCUUUGCUUCGCAUGAAGAGCGACGACGUCGUCAGGACAUAAUGCUCAACUUUCUGCAAGCCGAAGACGAAGUGAUUGACAGCGAUAAGCGUGCCGCGGUCGCCAUUAGUGUGCGCGUGCUGCAAAGCGCUGCGGCUCAAAAAAGCCCAUCUUUGCGAGGCAAAGCCAUCAAAUCUUUGGCCGCUUUGACGGAACUGGGGGGGGAUCAGGUGCUCAAGAGCGCCGAGCAGCUAGUCCGUGUGCGUCAUGCAGACGUGGCUCCAUCGGUCCGCGAGGCCACGAUGAUUCUCCUGACAAGUGUCGUGCAGGUGCACAAAGAGCAAGGCAUUCCAAGUGCUCAGUUGAUUGCCAAGUUUGAGAGCAUCUUGCAAGAGCGACUAUCCGACGUUGCGCUUUCCGUGCGUAAGCGCAUCGUGAGCCUCAGUGAGAUGCUUCUUCUAGGUGGCAAGUAUAACACGCCAGCCACUGUUGGUCUGUUGCGCAAAAUAUUGCAUCGUAUCAACGACAACGAGGAAACCAUGCAGGACGCCUGCUUCCAGACACUGCGGCGCCUGUUGUUUCGUGUCAUUGCACCUGACAAAACCGAGAGCAACGAUGACACUGUUCGACAAAGCGCUGGGCCCGACGUCACGAACGCUGUGGGUGGUCUCAUCAACCUCAUGAGCGGCGACGACGUGGAUACCACCUGCUUGAGCCUUGUGCAGUUGUUGAAGCGCCUCUUCAAGGAGGAGGACAAAGUGGCAGUUCAAGUGUGCGAAAAUAUUGUGGAGCAUGUCAAGUGCUUGAGCCAACGAGACAUUGUCCCGCGUGUGUGGGGGCCACCGCUGCUCUUGCUACGCACGCUAUCGCAGAUCAAACCCGCUCUCUGCGCAUCGGCCUUUGAGGUGCUUGAUAUGGUGUUGCAGCUUGACCUGAUGGAGAGCGCCUCCGAGCGUGAGCUGCGCGUGCAGUUGCAGCGGGAGCCGUCGCGUGAGGGCAAUGCGCGCUUGCUCGAAAAACAGCAAGAACGAGUAGCUUUGGUUCGCAUGGCACGAGAUGCCGCCGAAUGCAUGGCCAAUAUCCUACCCCUGGCGCCGCAGCCCUCAGAGCGUCAGUCCGAGGCCCUGGAGAAGGCUCUGACCCUCCAUAUCUCACGAUCGCCUUCGACGAUGCUUCCACCCGCUGUACGCUGCCUAAGCGCAUCAGUUCAACGUUCCAAUCACUUUGACCUCGUGAUUGAGCACGCACAUCGAUACUAUGACUUGCUCAAGUCCGUGGCUGAUAAAGUGGAUACGUCCAACACGACCAUCCGUCAUGUGCCACGAAGCUUGCUGUGCUGUGGCCUUCUCUGUCGCUACUUUAAAUUUGAAGAAGAAGGAGAAGGAGAGCAUUUCAUCAUUCGCAACUCGAGCUUUGUGAUGCGCACCCAAGUGCGCGAGUUGCUGGGCUCCAUGCUGAUGCGUGGCACGGCACAAAUGCGGGUGGCCAUCUUGAAUCUUUUGGAGACGUUUUUGCAGGAAGAAGAGGCCCGGUUGGAGGCCCGGGUCCUGGCCGAAGAUCGCCUGCGCAAGCGUCUCUCAGAAGAUGGUGGCAAGGGUACAUCCGAGGCGCGAGACAUUGUGACCAUCGGCGGGACGGACUCUGGUGUCAGCACCACGCUUGUGGGCGUUUUGAUCGACAAAAUCCGGGCCUGCGCCAUUUGCUCGCGUUUGGAUGUGCGCCAGGCGGUGGCGCCUGUCCUGGCCGUUGUGGCUCGUCGCGGCCUGACGCUCCCGGGCAAGGUGGCAGACGUGGCUAUCGCACUCAUUGCAGACCGCGCGUCGGAAGCGGCCAAAGCCGUGUCGGGCCCUCACGAUUUGAUCCCAAAGCUGCUACAAGCCAAAGGAAGAGAGUUGGCUCGUGGCUAUUAUGCGCUUGACGCAAACAUGUUUGCCAAGCUUCGCAUCGUGUAUCGACUCCGCAGCAACGUGCGCCAGCAUCGACACUCCUUCAUCGACAAGGUGUUGGAGGGCACUAGGGCCAUGGAUGGCCAGCGGUGCCCUUCUUUGCCCGAAGUUGUCUUUUUGGUGGAUACGCUAGCAACGUUGGAUUAUACGUUGCAGGACGAUGUGCUCUACGCCAUCUACCAAAUCUCCAACGUGGCUGAGCGUGAAGUCCCGUCAAUCUUCGAAGUGCGUGACACGGCUGUGCUUAUGCUCCAUCAUGACCGUGCUACUCGAUGUACCUCACUGACUGUCACUGAUCCACAGUCAUGGAGCCGUGUGUUGGGCAUGACGGAUGUGACCAUAGAUGACGACCAACGGCGCAGCAUAGAGUUUGUCACGGGUUUUGCCCAACAAGCCGUGAGCCAAGGGCGUGCAGCUGCCUUGGUGCCACACUUAAAACGUGCCCGGUUGCACCUUUUGCAUGAGGGGGAGUUGCCGAGCGGGUUUGCGACGAGCGUCGGUACAGAUGAGCCCACACCGCCUCCCACAAUGCGACGGGGCGGUAGUGCACGGCGCACUUCCUCCGCACCACAAGGUGCUCGUGGUGGCGGCAAGGCUUUUGCGGCACGGCGACGAAGUUCACAAGGUGCGAGUGCUCCUAAAAAGCCUCGCCGUCGUCGAACGUUGGAUGACGACACGUCCGAGGACGAUGAGGAUUGGAUGCCCUAGUGACACAUUCUUAAUCAAGCCUAUCGACCCCGGGCGACUUGUAUAGUGUUUCACUGCGAUGACCACGUUUCAAAUGGGCCUUGCUGUGCUGUUUUUAACUGACUUGUAAAAUGUUGCUAAAAGAGCUUGACGACUGAAAAAAAAAAAACGAACGAAUGAACUA